AGGAACAGUAUUAUUAAGGAUGGGUAAACAAAGAAGAGCUGCUAUUCUCCCGACUAACAUUAUUCUUUUACAGAAUGUUGUUCGUAGAGAUCCAGAAUCAUACCAUGAAGAAUUUUUACAACAAUAUUCCCAUUAUGAAUCACUUCGAGAUAUUUUCUUGAUGGAUCCGAGUGGUAGCCGUGAUAAAGGAGAAGAAUUUGGAGAAUUAAUAGGAUUUGUGAGUGCUGUUUGUAAUUGUUAUCCAAAGGAAACUAGUCAGUUUCCCGAAGAAUUGAAGAACAUUUUACUUAAUAACCAUCGUGAAUUAAAUCCCGAUUUACGUGAAAAGAUAAUCCAGUGUUUAGUUAUGUUAAGAAAUAAAGAUAUAAUCAGUGCCGAAUCAUUAAUUCAAACUAUAUUCCCACUUCUUCAUGCAUAUGGAAAUUCAUCAAACGCAGUUUCAAAUAACGGUCAGCAUGUUAAAGCAUUAAGACAUCAAAUUUAUAGUAGUUUGAUUGCAUUAUUAAAAUCCGUUAAUACAGGGGCCAAAAAUCAAAAGAUUAAUAGAAGCACACAGGCACUUUUGUUUAAUUUAUUGGAAAAAAGAGACCAACAAGGUUUAUGGGCCACCAAAUUAACUCGUGAAUUAUGGAGAAGAGGUAUUUGGGAUGAUUCAAGAACUGUUGAAAUUAUGACCCAAGCUGCUUUACAUCCAGAUGUUAAAGUUUCCAUUGCUGGAGCUAAGUUCUUUUUAGGUGCAGAUAAGGAACGUGAAGAAAAUUUCGAAGAUGACAGUAGUGAUGAAGAAGGCUUUGAUAUGGGAGCCUUAAAGCAUAGAAUGCAAAUCAAUAAGAAAUCUCUGAAAAGAAGUAAAAAACUUGAUAGUGCUGUUAAAGCCAUGAAGAAGAAAAAUAGUGCCAAACACCUGGCAACUUAUUUAAAUUUUUCAGCCAUUCAUUUAUUAAGAGAUCCACAAGGAUUUGCAGAACAAUUAUUCGAUUUACAUUUGAGUGGUAAAAAUAGUAACAGAUUUGACUUAGAUCAAAAAAUUAUGUUUAUGAAUUUAAUAUCUAGAUUAAUCGGUACUCAUAAAUUGACUGUUUUAGGUAUAUAUUCCUUUUUCUUGAAAUACUUAACUCCAAAACAAAGAAAUGUUACUCAAAUUAUGGCUGCCUCUGCACAAGCAUCUCAUGAUUUGGUUCCGCCAGAACUGAUUCAAAUUGUUGUUCGUAAAAUUGCUGAUGAGUUUGUUAGUGAUGGUGUUGCUGCUGAAGUUGCAAGUGCUGGUAUUAAUACUAUUAGAGAAAUCUUAAGUCGUAAUCCAUUAGCCAUUGAGGCUCCUUUAUUACAAGAUUUGACCGAGUAUAAAGGAUCCAAAUCCAAGGCGGUUAUGAUGGCUGCUAGAUCCUUAAUUAGUUUAUAUCGUGAAGUUGCACCAGAAAUGUUAACUAGAAAAGAUCGUGGUAAGGUUGCAUCAAUUGAAUUACAAAAUAAUAAGAACAAUGAAAAUGGUAAAGCAGGUUUACAAUACGGGGUUGAAAGUUCUGUUGUUUCUGGUAUUCCAGGGUUAGAAUUAUUAGCCAAAUGGAGAGAAGAACAAGGAUUGGUUGGAAAUGAAGAUGAAGAGGAUGAUAAAAAUUGGGAAGUUGACGAAGAAGAUGAUGCCGACGAUAUUGAAGGUGAAUGGGUUACUGUUAAAUCUGACGAAGAAUAUGAAUUUAGUGAAGACAGUGAAGAUGAAGAUGGCAAGGAAGAAAUUGAAAAGAAGGAUCAAAAAGCAUCUAAGAAAGAUGAGAAAAGGAAGAAAGAUGAUGAAGUAUCUGAUUUGGAAUUAUCUAACGAUGAAGAAGUGUCAGAUUUAGAAUUGUCUGACGAAGAAGACGAGCAACCACCAACCAAGAAGGCUAAGACCACUGACGCUGCCAUUUCUGCUGAACAAGCCAUGACGGAAUUACUUUCAAGUCGUAUUUUAACUCCAGCUGAUUUUGCUAAAUUAGAAGAAUUGAAGACCCAAGCCGGGGUUGAAAAAAUGAUGGGGGGGAAAACCACUAAUGAAGAUGCAGUUGAUUCGACUACGUUAGUUGGUAAAGUUAAGUAUAAACAGUUACGUGAAGAAAAAAUUGCCCAAGCCAAAGAAGGUAAAGAGGAUCGUAAGUUUGGAUCUAGAAAGGGUAAAAGAGACCAACCCCAUUCUACUACUAAUAGAGAAAAGGCUAGAAAGAAGAAUUUUGUUAUGAUGAUCCAUAAGAAAUCGGUUCAAGGAAAACAAAAAAUGUCUUUAAGAGAUAGACAAAAAGUAUUAAGAGCACACAUUGAUAAACAAAAGAAGAAAGGUUUUUAGACAUAAAUAGAAAUUACACAGUUAAGCUUUUUUGGUGAAACAG